AUGGGUCAGUCACGACGCCCCGCUGGGGGAGAGAAGAAGAGCCGCUUCGGUCGCUCAAAAGCAGUGGCCGAUGUGGGCGAUGGCCGACAGGCGGGGGGCAAGCCGCAAGUCAAGAAGGCCACCUUUGAGAGCAGCAAGAAGAAGGAGAUCGGUGUCUCAGAUCUUACCCUCCUCAGCAAGAUUUCCAACGAGGCCAUUAACGACAACCUGAAGCUCCGGUUCGAACAUGACGAGAUUUAUACCUAUAUCGGCCAUGUGUUGGUCUCCGUGAACCCCUUCCGAGACUUGGGCAUCUACACCGACAGUGUCCUCGAUUCCUACCGCGGCAAGAACCGCCUCGAAGUCCCCCCUCAUGUAUUCGGAGUCGCCGAAUCCGCAUACUACAACAUGAAGUCCUACAAGGACAACCAAUGUGUAAUCAUUUCAGGAGAGUCCGGUGCCGGAAAGACGGAGGCAGCCAAGCGGAUCAUGCAAUACAUCGCAAGUGUGUCCGGCGGCAACGAUUCGUCCAUUCAACAGACCAAGGAGAUGGUGCUGGCAACCAAUCCGUUGCUGGAGUCAUUCGGUAAUGCGAAGACCCUCCGCAACAACAACUCAUCGCGAUUCGGAAAGUACCUGGAGUUGGAAUUCAACGCCAAUGGUGAACCGGUGGGAGCUAACAUCACAAACUACCUGCUGGAGAAGUCACGAGUCGUGGGCCAAAUUACGAACGAGCGAAACUUCCACAUUUUCUACCAACUCACAAAGGGUGCCCCACAAAAGUACCGCGACAGCUUCGGCCUACAGCAACCACAGUCCUACCUCUAUACCAGCCGUUCCAAGUGUUUCGAUGUGCCGGGAAUUGACGAUGUUGCCGAGUUCAAGGAUACACUGGACGCGAUGGGGGUGAUUGGAAUGAGCGACGCCGAGCAGGAUAACGUCUUCCGCAUGUUGGCCGCCAUCCUGUGGAUCGGAAACGUGCAGUUCAGCGAGGAUGAUUCAGGCAAUGCUAUGAUCAGCGAUCAAUCGGUCGUUGACUUCGUUGCCUACUUGCUGGAGGUUGACGCUGCGCAAGUGAACAAGGCCCUUACGAUCCGUCUCAUGGAGACUGCGCGUGGAGGACGCAGAGGAUCUGUCUAUGAAGUGCCUUUGAACAGAACGCAAGCAUCGGCCGUCCGAGAUGCGUUGUCCAAGGGGAUCUACUUCAACCUGUUUGACUGGAUCGUUGAGCGUGUCAAUCAAUCGCUCACCGCACGUGGAUCCAUCACGAACUCGAUCGGUAUUCUGGAUAUCUACGGAUUUGAGAUCUUUGAGAAGAACUCAUUCGAGCAACUUUGCAUCAACUACGUCAACGAGAAGCUGCAGCAGAUCUUCAUUCAACUGACUCUCAAGGCAGAGCAAGAUGAAUAUGCCCGUGAACAAAUCAAGUGGACCCCUAUUCAGUACUUUGACAACAAGGUCGUGUGCUCGUUGAUCGAGGACAAGCGUCCUCCUGGUGUUUUUGCUGCGCUGAACGACGCUUGUGCGACUGCCCACGCCGAUCCCGGUGCUGCUGACCAGACUUUCGUCGGCAGACUCAACUUCUUGUCUCAGAAUCCCAACUUCGAGGGCCGCCAAGGCCAAUUCAUCAUCAAGCACUACGCCGGUGAUGUGAGCUACGCUGUUGAGGGAAUGACCGAUAAGAACAAGGACCAGCUAUUGAAGGAUUUGCUGAACCUUGCUCAAUCUAGCAGCAACCCAUUCGUCCACACGCUGUUCCCCAACCAGGUGAACCAAGAUGACAAGCGUCGCCCGCCUACCGCGGGUGACAAGAUCAAGGCAUCUGCCAACGACCUGGUGGCUACACUCAUGAAGGCACAACCCUCUUACAUCCGCACGAUCAAGCCCAACGACAACAAGGCCCCUAGGGAGUACAACCACAGCAAUGUUCUGCACCAGAUCAAGUACCUUGGUCUACAAGAGAACGUUCGCAUUCGACGUGCCGGUUUCGCCUAUCGUCAGACCUUUGACAAGUUCACUGAGCGAUUCUACCUCCUUUCUCCCAAGACUUCUUACGCCGGUGACUACACAUGGACUGGUGACGUGGAAUCAGGCGCCAAGCAAAUCCUGAAGGACACCCGCAUUCCCACAGAGGAAUACCAGAUGGGUAUCACCAAGGUCUUCGUCAAGACCCCCGAGACGCUGUUUGCCCUGGAAGCCAUGCGAGACAAGUACUGGCACAACAUGGCCAUUCGUAUCCAACGUGCCUGGCGAAACUACCUCCGGUAUCGCAUUGAGUGUGCGAUCCGCAUCCAGCGCUUCUGGCGUCGCAUGACCGGUGGACUCGAGUUCAUCAAGGUUCGUGAUGAAGGUCACAAAUUGCUCCAGGGUCGCAAGGAAAGGCGCAGAAUGAGUUUGCUCGGUUCUCGUCGUUUCUUGGGUGACUAUCUCGGCGUUGGAAACUCCGGUGGUCCUGGUGAGAUGAUCCGCAAUGGUGCAGGCAUUAGUAGCUCAGAGGACAUUGUAUUCUCCUGUCGUGCGGAAGUACUGGUCUCCAAAUUCGGUCGUUCCAGUAAGCCGGAGCCCCGGAUUCUUGUGUUGACCAGCCGCCAUGUCUACAUCAUUUCACAAAGCAUCGUCAACAACCAGCUUGCCAUUUCGGCAGAGCGGACCAUUCCUGUUGGGGCUAUUAAGUCUGUCAGCACCUCGACCCUCAAGGAUGACUGGUUCUCACUUGUUGUCGGAGCCCAAGAGCCCGAUCCCCUGGUCAACUGUGUCUUCAAGACUGAAUUCUUCACCCAUCUCUCUACCGUCCUACGUGGUUCUCUCAACCUGAAGAUUGCAGAGACCAUUGAAUACAACAAAAAGCCUGGCAAGCUGGCAACAGUCAAGGCAGUCAAGGAUCCAGCUGCCGGCAAUGUCGACAGCUACAAAAGUAGCACAAUCCAUACCAGUGCCGGUGAGCCUCCCAGCUCUGUCUCGAAGCCUACUCCUCGGCCGAAGCCCGUUGCUGCACGGCCCGUCACAAAGGGCAAGCUCCUCCGACCCGGUGGCCCAGGUGGGGGUCCCUCGAAGCUCUCUCAGGCUGCUCGCAGACCUGUGCCCGCCGCGCAACCGCUUCCUCGGUCGACCCCACAGCCUGCUGCGGCACCCCAACCCGCCGCGCAGCCUCGGAUUGUGCCUCAGCCUGUCGCUGCCGUUGCGGCAGCCCACUCUCGUAACGAGUCUACCGGCUCCGUGAGAGCUCCUCCACCUCCUCCCCCCUCGGCACCCCCGGCGGCCCAGAAACCCACUGCGAAGGUCAAGUAUGACUUCAACAGCGACCGAGAUAAUGAGCUUUCUAUCCGCACGGGCGAAGUUGUUCAGAUUAUGUCCAAGGAAGGAAAUGGAUGGUGGUUGUGCAUGAACACGACAACCUCGAUUCAAGGAUGGACUCCCGAGGCCUACCUCGAGGAGGUCAUCGCAGCUCCCACGCCUAGGCCCGCACCUCCCCCUCCCCCCGCAGCACCCCGCGCAACCCCAAGCCCCGUACCUAACGGAGCUGGAGCUGCCGCCGCUGCAAAGACCAAGCCCGCUCCGCCUGCUCCUCCCGCCAAGCGACCCAACAUGGCCGGUCGCAAACCCGCACCCCCGCCUGCUCCUCGUGACAGCGCCGUGAGCAUGAACUCCGGCGACUCAUCCGGAGCCAGCGGUCGCGGUACCCCGAACAGUGCAUCGAACGCUAGCCUUGCGGGUGGCUUGGCCGAAGCACUGCGCGCCCGACAGAGUGCGAUGCAAGGCAAACAUGAUGACGAUGACGAGUGGUAG